AUGUCUUCCUGGCAUGACAGGCAGUCAGUGGUGUCAACACUGUGGGAAUAGACUCAGUUUUAAUAGCUGAAAUUUAGAUGUAGGAAGUAGUUUUGUAAUAUUCUUGCCAUAAUUCGCAUAUGUAUAAAUCUUGAUUUCCUAAGUUUUGAUCCGCAUGUACAAGCCGAAGCAAUUUGGUUGCAUCCAAUUUGUCAGAAUGACCCAUUUUACGAUCUACAUGUACAUGAAAAAUGUAUAUGAAUCUCAUUUACUACAAAGGCUUCUGUGGCUGGUGCUGUAGAAUUUUCAGCUAUAAUGAGUCCAGCAAAUAAAACCAUGCCUGUUUUUUCAUAAAUGUUUGUUGUUUGUCUGUUGAUGGCACCAAACAAAUUGAUGAAGAUGACUGUAGAUCUAGAUUUUUUUAAUAAAUAUUUGAAGAAUAAAAGUGACUCAGCAAUGUGCAAAAUUUCAAAAACCCUUUUCAGGACAACACAAACAGGAGUCCUGUAAGCAUUCACUUAAAACUGGUUAAACCAGUUGCACAUUGCUGAGUCAAUUUUAUUCUCCAAAUGUUCAAAGUAAAUGGUGGGAAACUUUACAGUUAGGUUAUUGGGUUAACAAAGAAACACUCAAUACACACUUCAGCAAAAUGAAAAUGAAUUAAAGUGAUUAGAUCAGUGUACAAAUGUUGCUAUUACUUGCUGAGUCUUUUGGAACCCAGCCCCCCACCCCCUCCUCCUCAAAAACUUUUCGGUCUUUCCUUCAUUUCUUUUUCCAUUCUCUUUCUUUAUGUUGUCAGCAAGUUUAAUCAGAUUUUCUUGAAGGAGAAGUGGUGUAACGGAAGGGAAGGGGAAGAAAGAAUAGAGUGUUCUGCCGUUGGCCGAGGCAAACUCCGGAGAGCCUGGAGCCAAAGGUUUCCCCAGUCUUUAAGAAUCAGCUCAGCCAACAUGGCGGAGAGCAACUCUCCAGGAUUAUCAAGUGUUCCUGAUGUAGAGAUUGAUGCAAAUGGACUUUUUAAAUACGUUCUUAUCAAAGUAAUAGAUCCUUCUAAUGAGAAUACUUACAAGUGCAUAGUCAGAGGAUUUGAUUGGGCAAAUUACCAUGGUAAGCAUGUCGACAGAUCUUCACGUGUUUCAUAUCUUUCCAUUCUUUUUGAAAGCCGCUUCAUGACAGUCGAUGAAAGGAUAACUGGUCAAAUCGCCCGAAAGUCAUCACGUCCGAAGUCGAGUCGCCCGGAACCUGAGUCAUGUCGCCCGAAAUUCUAGUCAUGUCGCCUGAAAUAAAAAGUCAGGUCGCUCGAAGAAACAGAUAACAGACUAUAAAUAGGUUAUAAAGUUGAGAAAUAUAUGACACUAAAGCGAUGUUUGUUUGCGACAACACCAGUGAGGAAGAUGAUCAGAAUAGAAAUAUGUUUGGUAAAAUUCCCGCACAGCCCCAUCCUACAUUAUGCAUUCAGUUCUUGGAUAGAAAAAACCAAUGACAAAAACAAUACAUUGCCAUUGGGAAAACAGAUUUGUUUUACAGUAUGGCGCUGUGCGGAAAUUUUACCCACCAUUUGAGUGACUACACAGAAAUCGAUCUUAUUGUCAGAACUGAAAUAUGUUUGAGCAAAUAUGUUUGAGCAAUGACUUAAACAACAAAAAAGCGUUGUUUGUUUCUAUAACAACAAAAUACAGCGUUGCCCAUCUGUUUGAUAUCCACUCAUACUGACCAAUGUACACUGACUCAUACCCACCAAAAUAGCCACUCCUACCCACUGACGUUUCUUAAACUUGAGGAAAUUUAUCACUAAAGCAGUGUUGGUUUCAUGGUGCACCAUGAAGACUUAAACUACACAGAAAAUGCAGUUGAUCAUAUGGUCUGAAUUGAUAUAUGUUUAACUCAGGAUUUUGGACGUGAUGUUUAUUUUGCUAUUUAUUUGUUAUUUUGUCCCUUUUCCUCCUAAUUGUUGUUAGUGAUGUGACUGACCAGUGUAUAAAAGCCUGUGUUACAUUAUUGAAUAUUUUUAAUAAUUUUGUUCCACAUCUUUCUUUCAGCUGAUAUUUAUGACAAAAUAGAGGAGGAAAUUGGAGAAAUGAGAAUGAAAACUGAAUGUUUAGGUGGAGGCAGGAUACAACAUGACAGACUUGCCAAAAAAAUCCUUGUGUAUGGUUAUUCUGUGGUAGGUUUCGUCUUCAGGAAAAAUUAAGAUGUUCGGCUAUUUUCGUAUUAUUAUUAGGUCAUAUUGCAGUGUGAGACCAAACUUGAGGAAAAGAUCUAAACUAUGAAAAUAUCUACACUGCAGUGAUAAAUUAGAAAAAUAUAUUUGCAAUAACUCUGGGACAGCUUCAUAAUGUUUGGAAGAACCCACAGUUUAAUCUGAGGAUGUUGUGUAGACUGUUUUUAGAGGGUAGUUUCAUACACAGAUCGGUAACCUGGAGAGCCUCUUUGUUUUGCACCUGCAUUUAUGCCUUGGAAAAAAUUUUAUUGCAGAUGCACAAGUGGCAGAACCAAAGCUUAAUACAUGGGCCAUAUAAGUUCUGGGCCUGUCAUGUAUUUUGUUAUUAGUCGUUCAGUCAAUCUCUGUAUCUGAAAGAUAUAGUGGUACACAUAAUUUGUUGACUAAGUUGAAUGCAGGGCCUUGAAAUUGCCAUUCAGUAUGCUGUUAGUGUCCUUAUUGUACUUUUUAUGUUAUAGAGAAAGGUGGAUUGAUGGGUUAAUUUUGAUCCUUUCAUUUUUGUGUGUGCAUGUUUAAUUCCCUGUGUUCUUUAUUCUAAAAACCAUCUGGGUCUCAUGCUGUGAGGGUAAAACAGGGUAGCAAUUGCUCUGUAGCCAACUUUUUGGGGCCCACAUAACUAGACUUUUUGGUUGUUUAACCCUUUGACCCCCUAAGAGUGACUAACAUCUAAUUUCUCCUCACAGUAUCACCCCUGAAUCACACAUUGAGGUCAUGAGAAUAAUGGAAAUGAUCAAAAUUACAAAUUGUUAAGGAAAUUCUUCUUGUCAGCACCUUUAGGAAACAUAUGGCUAACAGUAUGGAGAGAAUGCAUACCAAUGUUGGUGUGUAAAGAGUUAAGGCCUGAAUGAAGUUUGUCAGUUUGACAUGUUGUUCCUGGGUGGAGAGAGGACUUGUGAGAGUGAAACAAUCUGUUAAGGAACACUAUACUAUGGCUUGGGCAGGAAUUCAACCUAGACCCCUAAAUACACUGACCUUUAGGCAAGCAUAUGUCAGUCUGUUGGUAAUAAAUAUUAUUAAUUAUACAUGGUUUUCUCCAUUUUUAUGACUGACUUUCUGAAAUAAUUAUGUUUAAUUUUUAGGGGUUUGGAAGAGCAGAUCACUCCAUCACAGUCGAGAAACUUAAAACAGCUUACCCAGAUUAUGAAAGUAUUACCUUCUCCAAUGACGGUUAUUAG